AUGCCAGAGCUACCGGAGGUGGAGGCGGCCCGGAGGGCCAUAGAGGAAAACUGCCUGGGGAAGAAGAUAACGAAAGCGCUCAUCGCCGACGACCCCAAAGUCAUCGACGGAGUCUCUCGCGCCGACUUCGAGGCGUCGCUCUUGGGAAAGACCAUCGUCUCUGCUCACCGCAAGGGCAAGAACUUGUGGCUCCGCCUCGACUCUCCUCCUUUCCCUUCCUUCCAAUUCGGGAUGGCGGGUGCUAUAUAUAUUAAAGGGGUCGCGGUCACCAAAUAUAAGAGGUCUGCCGUAAAGGACACUGAUGAGUGGCCUUCCAAGUAUUCCAAGUUAUUUGUUGAACUGGAUGAUGGUCUGGAGUUCUCUUUCACUGACAAGAGGCGAUUUGCUAGAGUCCGCUUGCUCAAAGAUCCAGCAUCUGUGCCCCCCAUAUCUGAGCUUGGGCCUGAUGCUCUCUUGGAGCCUAUGACUGGGGAUGAACUUUUUGAAUCCUUGAGCAAGAAGAAAAUUGCAAUUAAGACUCUAUUGCUUGAUCAGAGUUACAUUUCAGGAAUUGGAAAUUGGGUUGCUGAUGAAGUACUAUACCAAGCUAGAAUUCAUCCAGAGCAAAGUGCUGCCAGCUUGUCGAAAGAAAAUUAUGGAAAUUUGCACAAGAGCAUCAAAGAGGUUAUUGAAUAUGCGGUUCAAGUUGAUGCAGACUCUAUCCAGUUUCCCGGUGAAUGGUUGUUUCAUUUUCGGUGGGGCAAAAAGCCCGGAAAAGUUAAUGGGAGGAAAAUUGACUUUAUCACGGUUGGUAGCAGGACUACAGCGUAUGUACCAGAGCUUCAGAAGUUAAGUGGACAGCAAGCUGCCAGAGCAGGGAGUAAACAAGCUAACAAGAGAAAAGGGCAUGGUGAUGGUGUCAAUGAUGAUGUUAAUGAAGCAGCGAGUGAUGAAGAAGUUAAUGGAAGUGUGCAGUCAAAGAAAGGGAGGAAGCCUAGAGGUCAAGGUAAGAGGUCAUCAGCAAAAAGAAAAUCUAUAGAGAGUGAUGAUGAAGACAAUGCCAAUGACAGUGAGGACGAUGACGAUGAUAACAAUGAUGAUCGUCAUGAUGAAGAUCAAAAGAAUAAAACAAGAAAAGUGACCAAUAAUAAGCAAUCCAAGGUAGAGAAGACAUCAAAGAAAACAGUCCAGACCAGUCAGAAUAGUAAGAAGAAGAAGAAAGCAAAAUAG